AUGGGUAAAGAUAUGACACCUAAAGCAAUUGCCAAGAUGAUAAAGGCAAAAGGUUUACAGAGAUUAAGAUGGUAUUGUCAAUUCUGUCAGAAACAAUGUAGAGAUGAAAAUGGUUUUAAAUGUCAUCAAUCAUCAGAAGGUCAUCUAAGACAAAUGGAAAUUGUAUCUGCGAAUACCUCGAUGUUUGUCGAUAACUUUUCGAAAGAAUUCGAAGCUGAUUUCCUAAAGUUACUAUCUAGACGUUAUCCAACUGGAAAGGUAUCGGCGAAUCAGGUGUACAAUGAGUUCAUCAAAGACCGUAGUCACAUACACAUGAACUCUACUACGUGGUCGAGUUUGUCAGAGUUUGUCAAGUAUCUAGGUAGAGAGAGUAAAUGUAUCGUCGAGGACACACCAAAAGGUUGGUUUAUCACUUAUAUCAAUCGCGACCCUGAAGCAGUGGCGAGAAAGGAACGUGAAGCAAAGAAAGAGCGAAAUGAACUGACAGAGGAAGAAAGACAUCGUUUAGACAUUGAAAAAAGAUUGAAACAAAUGAAUAUCAUAGCAGCUGCAGCUGCAUCAAACACAAAAACAACAACAACAGGUGAACAACAAGCUAUUAUCGAUUCAACUGUAAAACCAACAGAAAUGACACCGACAGACACCAAACUAGUACUACAAGUGAAACCAAUAGAAACAAAGUUAACAACACCUAUUUUACUAUCAACUUCAUUGUUUAAUCAAUCAAUAGCAACAACUACAACUACGACGACUACUACUACUACUACUACAACAAACAAUACAGAACAACAAAAACUACAACAACAACCAAUUGUUGGAAAUAGUAGUAGUAGUAGUAUUAAUAAGAAACAUUCAGCAUUGGAUGAGAUUAUGGAGAUGAAUAUGAAACAACAGGCAGAGAAGAAACCGAAAGAAUUGAUUGUAAAGCAUGAGACUGAUAAGGUGGAGAGUUGGAUUGCAAGAAAUAUAGUUGUAAAGAUCAUGGAGAAGAGUAUUGGCAAUGGUAAAUUCUACAAACAGAAAGCGUUGAUCGAAGAGUUAGACUCUGAGUACGUGGCAAAGGUAAAGACACUCGAAGAUAACACCGUACUGAAGAUCGAUCAGUCUUUCUUGGAAACAGUGGUACCUGCCAUCUCCAAUCCUGUUUUGAUACUUCGUGGAAGAUACAGAGGAAGAGUAGCAACAUUAUUAGAGAUCAACAUUGAUAAGUUUUGUGGAACCGUUCAAUUAAAUACAACAUCAAAUAAUAACAACACACGACAACACCAACAACAACAACAGAUUAUCACAAUUACAGAUAUUCCAUAUGAAGAUUUUUUUUUAGCUUAUAACAAAAGGGGUAAGCUAACAGAUCUUAUGGUGAAAUGUGAUCAUCAUGCACAAGGAUGUCAAUGGUAUGAAAACGACGAUAAUAAUAAUAAUAAUAAUAAUAAUGAUAGGGAAAUGGUCAUCGCUGAGUUGUCAUUUGAGGCAAUGCCAGGCAGCACUGCCUAA